AUGGCUCUUUUAGACCUACCAUGGGUGUCGAUCGCCUUGUCGGGCGUCGUUGCGGCGCUCGCGUAUGGGCUCAUAAAAAUGAUACAAGUCCGACGGUUCUACAAAGACCUCCCCAAGCCGCCUCACAGCUUCCUAUUCGGUCACUUGAAGAUACUUGGUGAAGCUUACGCGGCGCUUCCGAGCAAUAGCCAUUAUCAUGCAGCGGUGACCUCUAUAGCGAACAAGUACAACAUGCCAGGAGUCUUCUAUCUCGACAUAUGGCCAAUUUCCUGGGGACAGGUUGUCGUAACAGACCCUGACUGCGCUCUCCACAUGACAGCUGUUCGGAAUCAUCCAAAGCAUAUAGCGGAGACUCUAGCGACAGAACCUCUGAUCGGGGACGCCAACAUUGUCGGUUCAAAUGGACAGCGCUGGAGAGAACUACACAAGAUGCUCAGCCCUGCUUUCUCCAUUUCGCAUGUCACAAAUUUGAGGCCAAUGGUCGCUGAUGAAGUCAUGAAAUUUAGAGCGAUCCUUCACCAGAAAGCUAAAACCGGGGAGGUGUUCAAGCUCGAAGAACAUUGCAUGAACAUGACAUUCGAUAUCAUUUUCACAACAACCUUGGGCUACUCACUUGACGCUCAGACCAAAGGCAACGAUGCUUUGACGCACUUUGAGGAUAUGUGUCACAUAGCAAUCGAGUCAAGAGACUCCUGGAACUUUGUCCGCAACUUUUUUAUCAACAGAAGGCGCGACGCAGAGAGGAAUAAGCUCGACAAAGUCUUGGUCAAGCUUAUUAGGGAAAGAUUUGAACUUGUGAAACGUGAAAAUCUCGAUCUCUCGGAUAAGCGCGGACUCGGUAUCAUGGAUCUCAUUUUGAGAGACUACGUACAAAGUGGUGCAACGGAACUUGACCCCAUGUUCUUGCAAGAUGCUUUGUCGCAUUUUAAGACACUACUCUUUGCUGGCACCGGCACGACAUCCGACACUAUCUGCUUUGCUUUCAUGCUGCUCACCGCCAAUCCUGACGUGGUCCGAAAAAUGCGGGAAGAGCACGACCGUGUUUUUACUCAGGGUAUUGAAGCAACAUGCGAGAUGCUGAAAGUGGAAUCGCAGAGACUCCACCAACUUACUUACACGAAGAAUGUGAUCAAAGAAGUCCUCAGGAUUUUCCCAAUCGGCAACACUGCGCGUGCAGGAAUCGAUACUAUCCCUUACAAUGGCGUUGAAUGGCCGACAAAAGAUCAAAUGGUCUGCCCAGUCCAGUUGCAUAUGCACAUGAACCCCGAACUCUUUUCAGACCCCACGAAGUUCGAUCCAGACCGUUUCGAACGCGAAGAUUUCCCUCGACAUGCAUGGCGUCCUUUCGAAAGAGGCCCACGUGCAUGCUUGGGACAACCGCUGGCAAUGGACGAGCUUUUGAUUAUCUUCUUGCUCAUCACGAGAGAUUUUGACUUCUCCUGCUCAGGGUUGAAACCAAACAAGACACCGAGGACUGAGUGGACUGAUCUUGAUUUGAUCUUUGGGGAUCGAGCAUAUCAAGAAUUCGUCUUCGAGGCUAGGCCACGAGACGGCAUGCCGAUGACAGUCAAGAAGUCUAAUUGGCCAUCAUGAAGGAGCUCUACGCUGCCGAAGGCUACUACCAAUAGAAUCUAGAUAUUCGAUGAUCCGCAAACUGUCUAAAUCUUGGAUUAGAUGAUUCAAAUACAAAGAUGAUACAAAAA